AUGGUAGGUGAUGUACUUGACAUCCAUAAUAGGGGCUAUAGUUGGAAUAUUACUUUUGGGAGGGGUUUACAAGAUUGGGAAUUGGAAGAUUAUUCGUUGUUUUUGAUUGCUCUGCAUGAGAUACAAAUUCGGGUAGGAGAAGGUGAUUGUAGCAGGUGGAGGUUAGCUCGAGAUGGUAUUUUUUCAGUCCGCUCAUACUUUCAAUCUCUUUUGGGAUUUGUGGAGAGUUCAUUACCUUGGAAGAUGGUGUGGCAAAGUAAAUUGCCUCCACGGGUAGCAUUUCUAUUGUGGACAGAUAUGAGGGGGCAGGUGUCAACGGUGGAUAAUCUUCGACGAAAAGGAUUUUAUGUAACCGAGUGGUGCUAUAUGUGCAAGAAGGAUGGAGAGACGAUCAAUCAUUUAUUCAUUCAUUGUGAUGGUGUGCGUUGGCUUUGGGACAGUAUUCUAGCUUCUCAAUCAAUGAAUUGGGUGCUACUUAGGCGUAUAGAAGACUUGGUGUGGGCAUGGAAAAGAAAAUUUCGCGAUAAGGAUAGCAAACUUCUAUGGAAUCUUAUCCCAAGAUGCAUUGUAUGGUGCAUAUGGAGAGAACGGAACGAUCGAUAUUUCGAAGACCAAACAAAGACAACAGAGCAGAUAAGAGAAUUAUUUUACUUGACUUUGUAUACUUGGUUUAAUGCAGUGGCUAAAAAUCCUGUUGUAGGGUUGUCUAAUUUCUUGUUGUUCCUUUCAUGCUUAAACUUUGAUUUGAGCUUGUUGAGGAGCAACAUUCACAUGUUUAAGAAAUAUGAGAAUGAUUACUUGUAA